CAGGCCACUGCAAUUCGCGCUGUGGCACCAGGCGCGGCCGUUCUUUGCCGUGCUACACCAUUCGUGGAUGCGUCUUUGAGCCAACCAGCAGUGGCUCCGCUGGCUUCGGUUGGUCUCGGUGCACCACUGUCUAAGCGCAAUGCUGGCGUGUCUGUGCUCGGCUGUGCCAUCGCAAUGGUGGCAGUUGGUGGUUGCGCACAGGGCAUCGGUCAGCUUUUCGCUGCAUUGGUGGUGGGCAUGGCACGCAACCCAUCCAUGAAGGAGGAUCUGUUCACGUACACAUUGAUUGGGAUGGGUUUCUUGGAGUUCUUGGCCAUUGUCGUCAUCCUCAUUGCAGGCUUGCUGCUCUACUCAGAAUGAGGCCAUCGGGACAAAAUGCGACUCCUCAUACAAUUCUUGAGGUGGUGCUGGAGACUGAGCACGUCAAGGAAUGUGGUGCGCAUUCAUUGCCCUGCUUGUGAGUGGACAGACGUAUAUAGAAAGUCUCCAGAGAACGUAGAACCGUGGAACAUGUUGUUUUGGAAGGAUUUGCCAAUUGCUCACCAUGCGUUGUUAUCUCUGAAAGGCAGACAGCUCUCAAAUUGUUCGUUGUUUUGCAUGCACCUUGCUUGCAACACUUCUUGGCCGUCAUGGGGACCAGUAUCAUUUUUGUUCAAGAACUCCUGCUUGACGCUUUGUUGUCAAAAAAAUGGAUCCUUGAGUGGCACUUUGCUUGCUUGAUUGUGUGUAAUGUGUAAUGUAUUUUGUAUUUGGUCUUGAAAGGACUCUGAUGCACCAGGCUGUAGCUACAGCUAUAUACAUUAUAAUUCUGGAUAACUUUGUUUGCAAGUCACAUCCUUCAUGCGGUCCCUAAUUUCG